GACAAGAAGAAUAAGAAGUGCAGGGAAUCAAUAACCCCAAAUGGAGAUUAACCCGGGAGGCGAAGAGGUGCUGCAAGCAGGUCAACUCAUUAUCCUUUCCUGCCGGGCCGACCAGGCACAGUCAACAAUCAACGAACCUCGGCAGACCGCAAAACCUCCAACCACGUUACUGCUAUUACUGCUGUUUUUAUUAUUCCUUCUAUACAGGCAGUGAUCUUGCAUGUGUGUCUACUGUCUACUAUAUGGACUUUGAAUAAGUCACAAAUUUAUGUAUCCCCAGGAUUUCCGAGAUCAAUUUGCAGACUGCGGGGGGGAGGGGAGGAGGGAUCAGGAGGCAAGAUCAAAACCUCGUGAUAGCUCCAACUCCAUACAAGCUAAGGAUAUGCAGUACUAGCAUCUUCGGACAAACCGAGGCCGGAUUUGGGAUGCUUUUUGGGUAAAGUUGCAGACAUACAUGGUUCAAUUAUUGGCGCAGAGAUGCAUCGGAGAACCACUUCUAGUUCGAGUUAGUUG